AUGCUGUAAGCCCUGACACAAUAAACUUCCAUCUCAUAUCAAGGAUUAACUCUCACAGCUUAACAACACCCUCAGCUUCGCAAUCACUUUAGGCGCAGAAAAGGUACGUAUCGACCUCCACACAUCACUCCUAUUACACAUACACAUACCCUAACCCGCCCAGCUCCAAGAAACCCAUUCAAAACACCUCCCUCAAUCCCGCUAAACCUCCCCCCUGUUGGCCUCCUUCUUCCGAGGAACCUUACUCGUAGGGCUGGGUGUAAACCUUAUUCUAUGUGCGAUAAGUCUCUUCAUCUCUCGCAUACGUUAGUCCAUCCCCCAGUAUAUCUAGAGCGGCUAGCUUACAAGGAAUAGGAAUGCAGAAUCCGCUUUUGGUACUGUGUGUAGGGUGUGUUAGUCUGGGAUUGAAUUUACUCACGGCUCUGGCUUUUCAUGCUUUGCUACUGUAUUCGUUCGUUUUAUGGUUAUAUCCUGAUUUUGGGUAGUUGAAGAUAGAGGAGAGGAUCUCGAGUCUGGGGUUGAGUUGAAGAUAAUGGUUAGUUACAGAAUCCAUACCACAACCCACAAGAAGAUGUUAAUAUAGUGGCUCAGUGCUCACAUGAAACAUACUCCAUGCAUGUCCUAGCCGAUCUAACAUGUAACCUUGGCGUCGUUAUCGCAGCAGUAAUUGUUAUGUGAUUAACAACCGAUAGUCGAUAUUACGCAGAUCCCGGUGCUAGUAUCGGGAUAGGAAUCGUGGUUGUGACUUUUGCUGCGCGUCUUGGUAAGUUCUUUCAUGUUUUUAUAGAGGAAUUUGGUUACUCAUGUAUUCGUAGCGAAAACGAAUUGGAUGCUUCUCCAUCAAGCUCAAGAUUCGGGUUUGAGGUCUAGUAAUAGCGGUACUGAGAUAGAUGGACAUGUUGAUGAACAGAGUGGGGAUCAACAUAGCCCAGGCGAUGCAGACGAGGAAAUAGUAGAAGAAGGGAAAGAAGGGGAGAAUGAAAAUCCAUGGAGCGAAGAUCAAGAGGAGGAGUAGGGGCUGGAGCCCGGAGAAGACAAUGAAACGAAGGCGAAGAUGAAAUUGGGAAUGAGUAUCAAUACGGAGUAGACCAACCAGCCGACAAUCCCGCAGAGGAGGAUGACGAACCCGGCGACGGGAAUCAAGACGAAUUCCAGGAUGAAAAUCAAGAGAGAUCGCAAGAAGCAGGCGAUGAUUUCAACUUAAAAGAAGAACAUGAAGAUCCAGCUGACCCAUACAACGAAGAGAACGGCGAACAAGAACCCUCAAACGAGGAUUCAUGGGAUGACAUACCAAUCGAAGACACCGUAAAUCCUCAAAGCGAAAACGCGGAGCCUUCAGACGAUAUGAAUCAACCAGAGGAGACCACAGAAGAGCUCGGAUACGGAGAAAGCAAUGACACAUUAUCAGACCCCAAUAGCUGGGAAAAUGGAGAAGAAUCAGAACAGGUUAUGUCUGAGGAAAUCUCGCCAGAUGCUUCCAUAGAAUCUACCCCAGAUAACGAAGAGCAAAAGCAAGCUCAACAGAUUGUACAAGCUGUUGAAAACAAUAAUUUGGGUCCAGAGGGUGACGGCGUAGCUAAUUUAAUCAAGAGGGCGAAGAUGGCUUUGAUAUUUUAA